AAAGGGCAAAGCCAAAGGGAGUCAAAGAUGCCGAAGAACAAAGGAAAAGGAGGAAAGAAUCGAAAGAGGGGAAAGAACGAAGCCGAUGACGAGAAACGAGAGUUGAUCUUCAAAGAAGACGGCCAAGAAUACGCUCAAGUCAGCCGCAUGUUGGGCAACGGCCGAUGCGAAGCCAUGUGCAUCGACGGGACCAAGCGGCUCUGCCACAUCCGCGGCAAGAUGCACAAGAAGGUCUGGAUCGCCGCCGGUGACAUCAUCCUCGUUGGACUCAGGGAUUAUCAAGAUGAUAAGGCUGACGUCAUAUUGAAAUACAUGCCCGAUGAAGCUAGGCUUUUGAAGGCUUAUGGAGAGCUCCCUGAAAAUACGAGGUUGAAUGAAGGGAUUGCCGGUGGGAUUGAUGAGGAAGAUGAUGGCGGCGGCGAUGAUUAUAUUGAAUUUGAGGACGAGGACAUUGAUAAGAUCUAAAGUUUCUUUCUUUUUCUGGUAUUCGAUACUUGGGAAUUUUAAGCUUUAUUAAAUAGUAUUGUUUUUCUCUUAAAACUUGACAUGGGUUUUCAGGUUUGAUCUUGAUUCUGAUAUUCAAAUUCUCAAAGAUUAUUGAUGAAAUCUUUGAGAAUUUGUUAAUAUUGAUGAUGUUUGUGAUUCUGGGUUUUUUAUUUUUUAUGUUUCUUAAAUUGGGGAUUUGAAUUUGAUUGUUGAAUGGCUUUG